AUGGAUGAAGAUACGGACGAUGAGAGGAGCCAGGAGCUUCAGUCUAUUGCGGCGAUUUACCCGGAGAUCGUCGUUGACCCUAACUCGCCAUUUAAGGCCUCCUUGACACUCCCAAUAUUGCCUGUUAACCCCAUAAAAGCCAUAUUUCGACGAUCGAACGAGGAGGCCAGCACCGCAUGCUUGCCUUCGCCUCCCCCAUCCGCCGAACCUAGCGAUGUAGAGAUGGGAAUGGAUGAUAGCAACGGUGCAGCAGCAGAAGGGGACCCAGUGGAUAACGAAGUAUACCACCUCUCACACCUGCCGCCCCUCAGCCUGGGGAUUGAGCUCCCCACAGGAUAUCCGGCCGAGAAACCACCGAUCUUUUCCAUAUCCACACACCUUAAUUGGCUUCCAGCGCCAAAUAUCAACAAACUGAUCGAAGACGGAAAGACACUGUGGGAGGAAUCUGGAAAUAAUUUGAUCGUCUUUUCAUACAUCGACCACCUCCAACUUGCAGCGGAGGAGGGCUUAGGGAUAAGCAAUGACUCGAAGGAAGUUGUGGUGUUUCCCCAAAGCAUCAAAAUUAGCCUCCUAGAUUUCGAAAACAAAGCUAGGAGGGAAGAGUUUGAACAAGGAACUUUCGAAUGUGGAGUUUGCCUUGAGCCAAAGAAGGGCAGGUGCCUUCAAGAAUUUUAUCAGUCGUGCAUUAACGAUGGCGACGUUGAUAACGUGAAAUGCCUUUUUCCAGGCUGCGGAAAAGAUAAAGCCGGUGGAGAUCAAUUUGGGCCACGCAAGAGGCAAGACCAGACCCUCAAGCCUGGCGAGCUAAUACAAAUACCACUUCCACUAGAGACGGUGCAACGCUUCGCCCGGCUUAAGCGAAAGAAAAAGUUGGAGUCAGACAAGACAACGAUCUAUUGCCCUCGCCAAUGGUGCCAAGGUGCAGCCCGUUCAAAGAAGCAUCCAAAGCCCAAGGAUUUGAUUAAUGACGAGGAAGCUUCAGAUGAUGAAGAGGAAAACGCAGUUCCGUUCGAUCCGCUAGGCGCAAUGGAGCAGCUGCCUCCCAUGUCAGAACGCCUGGCUUGCAACACCCAUUUUUGCUAUCUGUGCUCCAGCUGGCUCUUUGCGAAUAACCCAUACGAGCAUUUCAAUUCUGAGAAGACAUCUUGUUAUAUGAGGUUGUGGGAGCUGGAAGGCGGUGAUGGAGAGGGGGCUCCUCUGCACAUCGAAGAUCCUGAUGUUGUAAAUGGGGAGAUUGAGAUGAGCGACGACGAAGAUGACACCGAACACCCAAUGCCCGUGCCACCUCCUGCCCCCGUACCACCGAGAGCCAUACCUCCAGUGAACCGAAAUCGCCGACUACCACCAUUAGCAGAAGAAAUGGGCCCAGCAGGAUUGGGGUUACGGGGGGGUGAUGGGCCGCAUCAUAGACACCGAGCACCGCCGCAACGACAGGGUGCCCACGAUAACCAAAAUGGGCCUGUCAAUGGCCAAUUACCCCCCGGCCAGAUGCGUGGGUUGCAACGGUUUCUAUAUCUCGUGCAGCAUGACCAAGAAGAUGAAUGGGAUAGCGAUGAAAUGGACGAUGACUUUUGA